AUGACUACGACUCAGAAGCUAGCAGAAGGAAUCGUAACACACUGCAAUGAUCGUUAUGCGCGAGUUUGGAUAGAAGCUGAAAAAGCUGAAAAAGAAAUAUAUUUUGAUUAUGGUUCAAGAAAUUUUGAUCUAGGUGAUUGGUUGAUGGCGUCUACAAAGAGAGAUGAUUUCUUCAAGAUCAAACCUUGCCUUGAAACUCGAGUUUCAAAUGCUAGCGGUGGCGUUGUACAAGUCAAGACAGAAGUCGUAUUUGGUAAGUUCAAUGAGAAAAUUAGGCAUGGAACUAUUAUCACAUCAAAGCAUUUUGGCCGAGUAGCCGUAUUUACACCGUUUACUGGAAUUGUUGCAGACACGGUCUAUCGGGUGUUUGUUGAAAGGAUUCCUCGAGGAUGUUGGAAUGAACAGGAAAACUGCGUAUAUUGGUUCGUAUCUUCUAAUCAGAUUCCUGAUCGGUGUCGUCAAAUGAUUUCAUUUACGGGAAAUGUGCAGCUCUCCAAUCCUCUAGUAGGUGUAGUCGUUAGUAAAACUGAAAGAUUUACAUUUGUAUGGACGCCAACUCUUGGAGAAGGUAUAUGUUCAAGUGAUGAAAAUUUAACAAUUGGAAAAUGGAUAAAAUUUAUGUUCAGUUCAUGCCGUGGAUAUCGGAAUAAUAAAAAUAUAAACUUCCAUAUUGUCAACUGGACAUCCGUAGAUCCAAUAUUAGAAUGCUUUCCAAUAAAUAAUAACUUAAUGCUGUUGUCAACCAUAUUUGUUUCCUGUUGGCCAAUGGAUAAUCUAGUUGCGGAUUGGGUUGGUUCAGUCAUAGAUCAGAAGAAUUUGCUCAGUGCGUCGGUACGUGAAUUCGGUACUCGGAAAACGUACAAAGUAAUGUUACGGCGUAUGAAAAGAAAUUACGAAGACCCGAUCACUGUAUGGCAUGUUGACCAAGUUCUCGAGUGCAUGGACCUAGACAGAAGAUCCGGUAUAGUUUGUCUCGUCGAUAUCAAAAAAUCAAUAUCAUCCGUAUAUAUUCCAACAUCCAGCUACGAAAUUGGUCGCUUGUUAUACGUCGAUCUAAAAAUGUCAAGUUUUAGCAUUAGAAAAAUUAUUUUAAAUUCAGACUAUUCUUCUAGUUCGGUAUUACUUUGCAGAUUCACUACAGUACCAGCACUUGGUGAUUGGUUUCUUUUUGAGCUUGACGAAAACGAUGUGUCAUGGAAAGUGAAAACUGUCAUGAAAUGCUGCAAAUUAUGCAGUACUCGUAUAGUUCAUGAUCAGCUUGAAGUUGAAACAGAAAUUAUGUCAAGCAGUUUUGUUUCCAACAAAGGAAUCUGCAUAAUGUACUCUGAUACUCUGGGACCUGUUGAGUGUGAUUCGAACAUUCCAUUCAAUACCACUUUACUUGGUUCGGGAAAGUGCACUGUUUGGUGUUCAUUUAAAGAUUCAACUGCCCCUAACGAUCCAUUCUGGAAAGUAGUGGACAAUUUUGCAAUUCCUCACAUUGUUGAUUCAAAGGCUGACGAGAAUGCACAAAAUUUCGGUGGAAAUCGUUACAUUGGCAUUAUUAUUGCCAAAUGGAAACAUCAUUGUUAUAUUUGGACAACUGUGGGUAACUGUAUUUAUAAUGAAGGAUAUUCUUUAAAAAUCGGUGACUGGGUUCUUAUAUCAAUUUCGCAGUCCAAGAUAAACGCUGCUGCUUUUUUUCCUGCGAAAAAGGGUCAGAAAAUUCAAAGUAUUUUUACUACUACCUGCAAAGAUAGUAUAAUUGUGGUUACAGUUGAAUUAAUUAUACCAGCAAAUUAUAUUGCGCGAAAACCUCCAUUGUUGCCAUUUUUUGGUAAGGUUAUGGACAGAAAACGUUGGUUCGAAGUAUAUAUUGAUGAAAUACGUGGACAUCUAGUGGAAGUGAAUAUUACGCCUGUUAGAAAUGGAAAAUGCGCUAGUGAUUGGGAUAUUGUCAAUGUUUCAAUAAAGGAUGCAUUAAAUGGGUCUGUAUCAAAUAGGUUUCAUCCAAAUGAGUCCAAAGUACGUGAGCCCACGGCAAAUUUGAUGGUGGAAAAUACAAACAGCGUUGCCGUGAAAUUAGAUGAAGAAAGUGAUUCAAAUCCUGAGUCUAAUAUUCAUUCUGAAACGGUAUGUUAA